AACUUCACACCAAUCAAUGACACUUCGUCAUUACGCCGGCCACGUAAAUAGUUUGUCAUAUUAACAAUAUACGCAAACAACCAGAAAAACACAACGAGAAAACCCGCACCAAACCAAAUUUCCACCGAUCAAAUUGCAAAAAUGGAGUCAUUGACACGAUACGUAUCGCCAAUCAACCCAUCAGUAUUUCCACAUUUGGCUACUGUUCUAUUGAUUAUCGGCACAUUCUUCACAUCAUGGUUCUUCGUUUUUGUCGUUUCACGCCCGAAAGGAUUUAGCAAAAGUACUCUCAUCUUGAAGGAAUUGCUUAUCAGCUUGUUUGCUGCAAUUUUCUUGGGCUUUGGUUUACUAUUCCUGUUCCUAUCCGUCGGCAUUUACGUCUAAUAUUAAUUUAAUACACACAAACACUCAAAAAAAAAAAAAACAUUCUAGCACUAUGAUUUUGAUUUCAAUGAAGUUCAAUUGAUCUUUUGAUUUGUGUACGAUUUA